UGUGACCAAUGAGAUUCAAGUGCAGGGUCUUUUAAAGAUAGUUUCAGGAAGUGCUGUGAAAUACCAGGAAGUUGUAAACAAAGCUGACAGCUAUUUACUUUGCUGUUAACUACAUCUCUGAAUGGACCCGGAGCCAGCUGUGUAAAACGGACUAGUUAUCAGUCGAUAUCGGGUAUUUAUCACCAAGUCAGCGAACAGCUUUUUACACAGAGAUCGCAUCGCAGAGAUACAGCAGAGAUUCUUCCGUGUGUUUACCUGACAAGCUAACGUUAGCUGCCUUCCGUUUCAUCGCUAGGAAACGGGCUAACGUUCGCGCAAGGACGUUAGAGUUAUCGUUUGCAGAGUUAAUUCAAAUCGAUUAUUAUUCAGUCGAUCCAAACGGACAGUGGGCGCCACCAGUACCCGCUUCUCGGUUUCAGCUGCAUUCGCUUUGUGGAGGCAGAAAGAGCGAGAGGGUUCGUCCAUUUUAGUCCAACCACAAUGUCUACAUCCAACGCCAAUUUUAAAAACAAGUGCGUGACCCAGGUGAACUGCAUAUUUUGCGAGAGUCUGCUCUGCACGAGAGGGAUGAAGGCUGUGCUUCUCGCAGACACCGAAGUGGAGCUUUUUUCGACCGAUAUACCUCCCAAUAGAACUGUUGACUUUGUGGCCAGCUGCUACUCAACUGAAAGCUGCAAAUGCAAACUGAGAGACAUCGCAUGUCUCAAAUGCGGCAACGUUGUGGGCUAUCAUGUUGUUGCCCCCUGUAAACCCUGCCUGCUCUCCUGUAACAACGGCCAUUUUUGGAUGUUCAAUAGCGACGCUGUAUCUACUCUCAACAGGCUGGACUCGACAGGUCUGAAUCUGCUUCUGUGGGGAGAUCUCCCUGAGUUAGACGACAGCGAGAAUGAAGAAUCGGAAAGCCCGUCAGAGGAAGAGUGUAUUAGGUAGAGAGCGAGACGGACAAUGUGAAAAGACCCGGAGCACCAACAUUUGAGAGGUGGAGCUUAAAGAGUGUACAAACCACGCUGGGAUGAGACAGAAAAAGGGGGAGGGGGGGCUUAAAGGGUAAUUGAACACUGAAUCUCACUGGGAUUACAAAUUCUCCUGUACCACUCUGCGUGGGCUGAAACAUUAGACCUCAACGUACGUCCCAGCAGGUGUUUUUCCUACAACACCUGGUGUGACAUCACUGGCAGGGGUGUGGCCACAAAUGCCUCAUUCUCCAAAGUUUGAACCCACGGAGAACAGCAUAGAGGGAUCUCUUUGGUCCUGGUGAUUGAGAGCUGAAUUACCUUUUAACCUGUGACCAUGCCUUCCCCUUUUCAUUAUCCACUGUUAAAAGCACAGGCACACAUUCUUUUCACUCUUUCCCUCUGUUUUCUAUAUUUGCGUGAUUAAUUACAAAACACGUAGCGGAGGUAAACUGACAGUGAGACUCUUCAGCCUCGCUGCUCUUUCUGAGCUCAUAUUUGAUCAGCAUCAUGGGAAGUUGAGCGUGUGGUAUGAUAAGUUGCUGGAACUUAGCAGUGAAUGCUGUGCUUUUUCACACGGUUGACACCUCUAUCUUACUUUAAUGGCAGUUAUAAUCUGUACAUUGAAUAUGCUGUAAUAAGAAAAACUCAUUAACUGUCAAGUCUUAUGUUCUCGCUGCGAGGCUGCGUGCUGACUGAGUGCUUUAUGAAUCCCUCAUAUUGGAGAAAUAGCACAAAUAUUGUAUAAUAUAUAUAUAUAUAUAUAGAUAUAAAAGUUCUUUUUAAAGGGCAUACUUUAGGUUACCUUACGAUCUGACUGUAUAUCAGUGAUAGGUUUUUGAUAUGCUAACACAGUGUUUGCCACACUUCUGACAGCAGCAGUAUGUGUACCACCCAGUUGAAUAUGGCUGUAGCAGUAUCCUGUACUAACAUACUAAUCUAUGAAUAGAGAGUUCGUUCAUACGACCCGGGAGACGCUGAAUUUCCAGUUGAGUUUAAGUUCAGAGCUCAAAUCAAGUAAAAAGUUCCCUCGUCAGUAAGCUAGACUCAAUUUGUGACACACUUUUCAACGUGGUCCAUUAAGCGAAAUUACGGAGAAAAAAACAAACAAAAAACAAGCUCUACAUGGAUGUCAGUGUCCGUGCUUUGUCUUUGUCACGCCACUGUUCAGUUUUAUGUAGCAGCGUACCUGUAGCACCUAUAGAGAAGGAAAAAAUCAACUCCAAAGAGUCCUGGGACAUAUAAGUAUUUAACCUGUAGACUGGAUUCCCCUUUAAAAAAAUAAUUUGGGGCCAGUUUAUAAAAGAGCUUUUCAGUUUUUUCAUUAUAGUUUGUUGUGGGGUUGGGAUUUAGACAAUUCAUCUAAUUAUAAAGCUCUUGUAGCCAAACAGUCAAGCUGUAGGUGUGAGGUCGAUGCUGUAUGUUAACUGGCCCUCAUCAACUGACCAGGCCUUCUCUUUUGGAAGCAAAAAAAAAAUCCAGUCACAAGGGACUCAAGGGGAUAGUUUAGCUUCUUUGAAGUCUGGUUAUAUGAAGUCCUUAUCUAUUGCCCCUUCAGUAGUUGGUGGUUGCCAUGUCACCCGUCUGGAGGAACAGAGAGGCGAAACGGUACGGAAGCCUGCUGUGAAUGGGAUCAGCAGUGAAAUGAAUUUUUAGACCAGCACUCUAAUUUGGAUCCGAUCGAACAUGUUAACACACAGAAAAUGUUACAUGGUGAGGUAAAAUGUCAGUUUUUGUCAGUGGAAUGUAGUGUUUUUGACCUGGAAACGGAUCAAUGUAAGAGCUUCAUAUUCCCUUAUGAAAAGGCUAUCUGACAGCAAGGUAAAUGCACACAGGGGACCUGCCAAUCACCGUCUGCUGUAGGUAAUACGCUGACUGUGGAUAAGUACCUCAUACAGCCACACCACAACCAAACCAUCCCUUUAACUCAAAGCAGUCCCUUUUUUUGCCGUCUUUGAGCUCGUAUUAUUGUUUUACUGCUGUGCCCUGCUAAUAAUACCAUUAAUACCGUGAUCCUGUCUUAAAAACUUUCUGUGAAUGAAUGAGAUUUGCCUGUAUUGUUGAAGAAGAAAAACAUUGAAUGUCACACUUCUUACCUGAAGGAAAAGGAUAAAGAAAGUAGCACCUUUUAUUUUAUUUUUUAUCUUUUUUUUUUCUUUUUCUUUUUUUUUUUUUUUAAACGUUAUUGGGCCUCAACGUUUAUCUCCACUAUAGCCUUCAGUUGUGGAAAAACACAGAGGAAGGGAGCCUAGUCCAGGUUUAAAGUUAUAACUGACGGUCCGUUCCAUUUUCACACCAAAUACCCUCAGUGUGGAUCGGAUAGAGCGCGACAAGUACAUAUUUAUUAAACCCACAAACCAAAUAAUAUAUAACCACGUUCUUCUCUUCGUUUACAAACUCUGUUUACAAAUGCUUCGGUUUGUAUUGUGUUGUAGUACUUACGUUUUUGUUCACGUAUUUAAUAUUUCAUCGUGUAGUGCUUUGUUUUGUACAUUUAAAGAUGGGAUGUGUAGAGUUUUACCUCAAGAAGGUAUCACUUGUGAGCUUCCUCUGGCUAGGACAAUUGACAAAUGAUAAUCGGAAGAUUUAUUUAAAUGGCUGUUUCUGACAUGAAUAACUCGGAUUAACAUGCCCUGCUGAAAAUGUAUAUUUUGGAAUUGCACUGAAACUGCAUUGGUAGUUUGGAAAAAAAAAAAAGAUUUGUUGUUUUGUAUGCUUGUUAAAUUAAUAAAAAAAACUUUUUUUUUUUUU